AAUUUACAACCGUGCUGUUGCUCUCAGGUGCUAGUACCUUGUUAAGUAUACCGUGAUAUUUAGUAAUUCAGUUAAUGAAAAAUAAAACAAACAGCUAAAUAAUUUACCAUUAUGGAAAAAUACAAUGAACAAAUUGAGUUGUUAGAAAAGGAGGAGCUAGAGAUGCCCACGUCGGAAGUAAAUUUGUACAUCAAACUUAUGGCAUAUUACUUGGUACAAAAUAAACUAUUUGAUGCCAAAUUUCUUUGGAGUCGCAUUCCGGUGAAUUUUAAAGCUGAAACUAAAGAAUUGCAAAGAUUAAACGAGUUACAAAGAAACCUUGCCUCCAAUAAUCUAGCUGAAGUCUUAAUAAAUAUAAGUAAAACUGAAUGGUCAGACGAAAUCAAGGGUGUGAUGGAUGAUCUAAAAGAAAUUACAAUGGAAAACAUUUUUCGGUUGAUCGGAAAUUCAUACACCUCAAUCUUGGAUGAAACUCUAGUCUCGUUAACAAAUCUUCAUGAAGACCAAUUUAAGCAAAAAUGCGCGGACCUUGAUUGGACAGUUGAAAAUUGUGAUCAGCAAUUAGUUAUACAUCCAAAGAAACCAGCAUCAAUUGCAAAUAAUAAUGCCGAUUCGGAAUAUCAAUUAUCUAAGUUGACCGAAUUUGUAUCUUUCUUAGAAAAUUAAAAUUUUUUUAAAAUUAAA